AUGGCCUCCACCCGCUCCAACCGGCGAGCUGACGGCCUUGACCAUACGCAGCGCCCACGUCACCACGUCGACGCUGUCCACAGCCAUCCUCCCCCCGCGCGAGCGGCCAACCCGCCGGGCCCCGUGUUCGCCCCCAGCGACUGCAGCCGACGCGGCCGGCCGAAGAGGGCCCUCGAGCCUUCGGAUCGCGACGUCGACGCGCUCAAGGCCAAGAGGUCGAGGAUCGCGGUUGAGAUCCUCGCGCGGCAGCAGCAUCAGCAGCAUCAGCAGCAUCAGCAGCAUCAGCAGCAUCAGCAGCAUCAGCAGCAGCAGCAGCAGCAAGGCCCGCCUGGUCACAGUGGUCCGCCGCCGCCGACACCGUGGGCACCCACCGCUGCUGCUGCCGCAGGGCCGCCCGCCCUUGGACAGGGGCCAGCGACGACGGCCGCUCAUGCGAACGAGGGCAGAAUCACGUCUCGGGGAGCGCGCGAGGGCUCGCCAACCAGGACGGCGGCGCCGGCGGCGGCAGCUGCUGCGCCUGGGGCCCAUCAGCCUUCCGCUCGGCCUGCCGCCCGGGGGAGCAGAUCACGACCGGCCGAGCAAGAAGGAGCUGGUCUCGUCAGAAAUCAGGCCAAAGUCACCAACGGAAUCAAGGCUGAGCUUGACAAGCCGCAGCCGCAGAAGAGCAAACCCCCGGAGCAAGGUCGUAAGCUACGUUCGCAGGAAGCCACUCGGUUCAAGAGCGACUUGUCUGCGUAUUUUCCCGAUUACGAUGAAGUGAUUGGCAAUGAUCCAAAGGAGCAGCAUCUGCUAAACAUGGAGACUCCGAUUGUUGUAGUCGACUCGAACCCGCCGCGCGCUGGUCCGGAAGCGCAGCGAGCCGGCUCACGAGCACCUCAACAGCCUCAACCCGUUCCUGGGUUCCCAGUCCGCACAUAUGGCGACUCGCUGUUUACCGACGUCUUCGAUUGCCAGCGAAUCGAUUUCCGCUUCUUGGAAACCCAGCAAAACAACCAGUUGGAGGACCCCUUGCCAGACAGCUUGUUCGAGCCUUCGCACAAAAAGGCGGAGCGGCUCGAGCGGUCGAUACGGAACACCGAAAAGGGCAGGGCUCAGCACGAAAAGGAUCAGAUAAUAAGGUUGCUGGAGGGCCUGCAAGGACACGACUGGCUCCGAGUUAUGGGAGUCAGCGGCAUCACCGAGACCAAGAAGAAGUCAUUCGAGCCUGCGCGCAGGCACUUCAUAAAGGGCUGUCAGAACAUCCUGGAAAAGUUUCGAGCGUGGAAUGUGGAAGAGAAGCGACGCAAGCAAAAGAAGGAAAAGGCCUCGCAAGCGCAACAGCAGGCCGCCCUGGCCCUGCAGCAGCAGCAGCAGCAGCAGCAGCAGCAAGAGCGACAAAAGAGCGAAAUCAUGGACUCGGCAGAAGAGGAGGGUUCGGACAACGACACGGCAGAGUUCGGCGAGGGUGAGGUGAGCCGGCACGGGGGCGAAGUCGUCCUAGGUUCCGAAGAGGCCAUCGUAUCACCGAGCGACACCAGCAGCGAAGUCUCACCCGCGAAGCAGUUGCGCCAGGAGGCCUUGGCCAGGACUCAUGCGGCAGGCAACGCGAAAAAGUCUACCAAGACGGCCGCCCGCGCGGCAACACCCAAACUAGCAGAGCCGCCGAGAAAGUUCACGUCCUUUUUCAGCAAAAAGUACCAACGGGAUAGUGCCCUGAACAGAACCCGGCGAACGGGACGAAAGGUGCUUGCUUGGGGCCACCCCAUUCCGGAUAUUGAGCACGCUGAUUUCGUCCUUCCCGAGGAAUAUCGUGACGAAGAGCUGCUCAAGGCUCGCGCUCGGAGGAAGCGGCGAGACAAGCGGCACAGUCGAUCGUAA